GUGCAUUAUUUCGAAUUGGGUGGUAAAUUUGACCACCCAAAUUGCUCAGUUCAGGGUUAAGGUUGCUGAGUUGGGCAUUUAGCUGAAGUCAAAAGUAUGUCAAAUAAAUGGUUCUUCUUCGUGGAUUUAGAUGGAGGGUCUCCGUAUGCUUUUCCAAUGGAUACUUUUGUUUCGAGUGGUUUGGGAGCUCAUUUGUUUUCGCAGUUUAGUUCAUUUGUUGACAGCUCUUUGUACCAUUCUAAACAAUUGUAUGGGCCUGGUAGUCUUGCAUUUCGAGAAGCUUUUAAUUGCAUGUCGAAGUUUACAGGGGGCGUUCUGUUUUGGUUCUCUACCGUGUCAACUUCGAAGUUGAGUAGGGACAUAUCAUCUGGUAAUCAACGUAGUUUGAAAUCUGGGAGUUGCAAGUCUUCAUCUUUGGUUAAGCACAUUGCUUCUUGUAAGAAUAACAUUGCUGGAUUUUGCUUUGCUUCUGAUUCAAGAGGCAUUUCUGUCGCCCCACUUGUUAUCAGUGAAAUUUCGAGCUAUGCAAUGAGAAACUUCUUUGGAGAAGCAGAAGCUUUCCAGCACAUUCCUUUAUUGUCAUUAGCUGCUGCUGUGAUACCGCCAUUAGAUAACUUAUCUUCGAAGGUACUAGCUGUUCCCCUUGAUAACACAGAAGUUCAAAUGCCAGAAUGCAUGGACCGAAGGCCUUGUGAAGUUGGUCAAGGAUGUGGCAGUCUAUCAUUUCUAGAUUUGAAUCGGAGACGACAUGCUGUUGAACCCAGGACUGGGAUUGAGUUCCCAACAAUAUUGGAUAACAUAUUUGAUACAUGGAAUAAUUCCAGUUUAGCUCCCGAGGUGCUUGUAGGUACUGGCUCCAGAACCAUGAAGAUAAUCAAAAUUAAGUCUUUGAAAGUGUAUGCAUUUGGCUUUUAUAUUCAUCCGUACUCUGUUUGCCAGAAAUUGGGUGCAAAGUAUGCUUCUAUUCCAGUGGGUAAACUAAACAAAAACAAUGAUUUUUAUCAGGAUCUUCUUAGGGAGGAUAUUGGUAUGACCGUUAGGCUAGUGGUAAACUGCAAUGGGAUGAAAGUCGAUACAGUUAGAGAUGCUUUUGAAAAAUCUCUUCGUGCUCGUUUAGUAAAGACAAAUCCCAACACGGAUUAUCGUUGCCUCAGUACAUUCGCUUCCUACUUCACUCAAGAUAUUCCAUUACCUGUGGGAACAAUAAUCGACUUUCAAAGGACAGCUGAUGGACAACUAGUAACCAAAAUCAGAGGUAACCAGAUUGGAGCUGUCCACAGCAAGGAUUUAUGCAGGGCUUUCUUGACAUGUACAUCGGAGAUUUCCCAGUGUCCGAGCAAACAAAAGAGGAUAUUGGCCGAAACGUUGCGAGCAUCAUUAGGAGAUGUUGAAGUGGCUUGUUUUCCAUCACCAUUUUCUCAGCUUUUAAAUGAGCAAAAUAGCUACGGGCACAAGGAAAUUGAGUAUUUCAGGGAUGUUAUACUAUGUACUUUAAGAGAGGGGUUGGCUGAUGAACAAAAAAAAAGGGAAGAAUCAGGAAAAGUCAAUGCAAAACAUUGCAAUGGUUCUUGUUAGGAUAGUUCUAAACACAUGUUCUUUGUAGAUUUGGGAUAAUCGUCAGUUGAAAUAGAUGCCCCCUUGCACUAUAUAUUGUUGAAA